AUGAUAACUCGUCUAUGCCAAGAAAUCAGAUUCGCCCGUGAUGGCAACGACGCCAUCGAAGUUGUAGAGGUAAAGAGAGGCGGCAAGUACAAUGUUAUACUAUUUAACUGUGCCAUGCACGUAUCUCUCUGCGGAAACGAAAUUCGUCACCGUCCCUGUGUAUUGAGAACCCCCAAGAUGGCAGUAGCGGUACCAGGCCAAUGGCACGAUAUCCAUAUGCAAAGAAUGGCCGCUUUUCACCACAAUGCAUCAAAGCACCUUGCUAUUCCCAAUCUCCUCGCCUACGAUUGCACAAACAAUAAUCGUAUCGGAUGUUCAUAUAUGAUUCUGCAGAGAAUGAACCACGAGCGCUCUUUGCAAGAGCAAUAUCGCCUGUUGAAUUAUAAUCUGCAUGCAAGAUAUAGGCCAUCCGCAGCGUGCGAUUAUGCAGUACUAGGUAUCAGUUUAGCCGGCUUCAUCGUGCGACAAGAGAACUCGUAUCGAUUUACCCAUUAUGGUACUUUUCAGGUGGCAGAAGAUAUGGCGCUUAAAAGCGCACAGCCGGAUACAAUCACCGAUCGUAUAGGAUUAGUCGUCAAACCAUUCAUGUACAGUCUUACGAAUUCCACACAAGCGAAUUCCAAACCGAUAGAUUUUAUCUGCGAGAUUCUCUUCGCGCAGGAAAAUCAAAUGCGGACUGCGGAUCAGGAAUUCAAGUUCAGAAAACUAAUCCAUAUUGCCUUGUGUAUUAAGAUGUGGGAAGAUGACGAUGAGGAAAAUCAUCCCGCGCAUAGUGUUCAACCGGCUGUUCUCUGGCAUCCGAAUUUUCACCCCCGUUCUAUUUACAUGGCUUCGGAAAUUCUGUAUCAGAAUCCAGAAUCAGGCACAGAUGAACCUGAUUGGAAUAUUCCUUCGCAGUAUACCCGCGUAGAAGGAAAUACUUUCGUUCAGCUAUCCGGCGUUCUUAGCUAUGAUGGCUGUUUAGCACUCCCGCGCAUCAUGACGCGCGGUCCGCCUUCUUUUCUUUGGGAUAGGGAUUUACGCAUACCGCUCGAAGGGAGGAUCGUGGUUAAGGAAGCGUUUGAUCGUUAUAUGGAGGAAUGUUUACCAGGGUAUUGUGAGGAUGCUUAUGGGGUUAUGGGGAGGAUUGUUAGGGCGCUGGGGUUUUAUGCGUUGUUUGGGACGGAUUUGAGGUGGGGGAGCUUUUGA